GUGCACGUGACGUCACAGGCUCUGCUCGCUCAUUCUGCAGCACAAGCAUCUGGAUUAGGACUGCAGCAGCGGACCUAUGUCACAGUCUGGACCCAGAGGCAGACGUCAGGCACUGGGCACUGCCACCAGCAAAACCAACUCUGGUGCACCAGCUGGCAGAGGACUGGGCUGCAACCUGUAAGAUUACAACUGUUCUGUACUUGCUGUGGUGACUCUAACUUGGAAAGGAAAGCGUUAAUAGAGCACUCUACUCUGACCACUGUCAUGGUCUACAUUUCUGAACUCUAGCAUUCCCAGAGCACACAGCUUAGUGGGAACAGAAGGCUGUGACUUACCUGUAACCUACCUAGGGACUGUCCUGUGUAAGCUCCAGGUCUCCAGAACGUCUUGCUUUAUGGCACUGCUCUGUGUGAUGUCUUAUCCUGUGGUAGCAGUAUUCCAUUGGCUGGUACAACAGUGACCCCAGGAUUCUGUACUGGUGUCCCUGGAUUUUGUGACUCUGAUCCUGAAGCCAUGGCAGAGGAGCGGGCAGCACUGUGGAGGCACCUUCUCAUCCUGCUGAUGUGCCCGCUGUUAUUUGGACCAGAUAACUACAUAUUGGGAGAAAGUGAGAGACUGCAUUCACCUACUUUAGUGGCAGAAGAUGAAAAACACAGCCUUAGUUUAGUAGCAGACAUGGGAGGAAGUCCAACUCCAAACACUGAAUUAGCUCAGCCUUCCCAACAGAUCAAAUUUAACCCUACAGUGCAGAAUAUUGUUCUGUCUGAGCUCAAAGAUGUUAGGUUCAAUUGUUCCAUUGAAGUUCCUCAUCUGGAUAAUGGAGAACAGAUAACUUGGUCGAAGAACGGACAGUUGAUCUCCCACUCUGAACACAUCUCCGUCCAGUCUUUUGAAAUCCCAGAUGGUGUGAUGACUACAAUUCUGUCUUUAUGCAGCAUUACAGGUGUACAGAGGUCUGAUAGUGGUACAUAUACUUGCAAGUUAACAUUCAAGAAUGAAGAAAUAAUUUCAGAUCCUAUCUACAUCCAGGUUGAAGGUCUUCCAUACUUUAUUCAACAGCCAGAAACCUUAAAUGUCACUAGGAACACUCCAUUUAAUCUCACAUGUGAGGCUGUUGGUCCCCCUGAACCUGUGGGGAUUUACUGGUAUCAAAACAGCACACGGAUCAACAAUGUUGCGGAAGUGUCACCAGCUGUACUUCAUGUAUCUGGUUUGGAUCAAGCAACAAUAUACAGUUGUGAAGCUCACAACAUGAAAGGACUGACUGCUUCCAAUAAUGUGAAUAUUAACAUUAAAGGAAUUCCUUCUCCUCCUUUUAAUGUGAAGACGUUGAGCAUAUCAUCAAAUCGCAUCAUGCUUUCUUGGGCUUCUGGUUUUGAUGGCUAUUCUCCCAUCAACCUUUGCAGCAUACAGGUGAAGGAAGUAACAAAAAAUAGCAGCUCUCCAGUGCUGUAUAAUACAUCAGUACCUCCUUACACAUACUCAGUCAGUCAUCUCAAUCCAUUCACCCAACACAAUAUUAGUGUUUCCUGCAUGAACGAAGUUGGCUGGUCCUUGCCAAGUUCCUGGAUUGUGGCUAAAACAACAGAAGGAGCUCCAUCCAUUGCUCCUCAAAACAUCACCGUAACAAGAAAUGGCUCACACUCUUUGAAAGUCACAUGGAUACAACCCCCUCUAAGUGCUGCAAAUGGAGCUCUACUGGGUUACAGAGUAAAGCUGAUAUGGAACGUCAGUGGAAAUAAAAACUUAUCCGAUAUUGAAUUCUCCAACACAACUGCUCUGGUCGUUUCUGUUCGAGCUACCAAUGCUACGUGCACAGUGUUUGUCUCCUGCCACACUGUGGGAGGUACUGGACCAUACAGCCAAGCGGUCCAAAUUGUUAUUCCGAGUGAUGGUUCAGUAGCAUCUGCAACAUCCUCAACUCCAGGAUCUGGACCAGUCAGCCCCUACAUAAUAUUGCUUGGCUUCAUAUGUGGCUUAAUGAUCCUUCUCCUUCUCAUUUAUGGCACAGUGAAAUUCAUAAGUAGGAAAAAGGAGAUCGAAUUUGGGCAUGCAUUUGUCAGUUCGGAUGAUUCAGACAUCGUUGUUUACAAGGCGAAGAAGUCCUACAACAGGAAAGGAAUUGAAGUGACAUUGAGUACAUUGGGGAUCAGUGAAGAUCUGCAACAGAAGCUGGAAGAUGUAAUGGUUGAGAGGAACCUGCUGUCCCUUGGGAAAGUGCUUGGCGAGGGUGAAUUUGGAUCCGUGAUGGAGGGAGAACUGCAAUAUCCUGAUGGCACAGCUCAAAAAGUCGCAGUGAAAACCAUGAAGUUGGACAGCUUUUCACAAAGGGAAAUAGAAGAAUUUCUAAGUGAGGCAGCCUGUAUGAAAGACUUCAACCAUCCAAAUGUGAUUAAAUUGCUUGGUGUCUGUCUGGAAGUGGGCCCUAGAAGAACCCCAAAGCCUAUGGUCAUAUUACCAUUCAUGAAGUAUGGGGAUCUGCACAGCUUUCUUCUCUCCUCUAGAAUUGGAUCUGGACCUCAAAAUGUACUUCUGCAGACUCUUGUUAAGUUUAUGGUUGACAUUGCUACUGGAAUGGAGUACCUUAGCAAUAAAAACUUCUUGCACCGAGACCUGGCUGCAAGGAACUGCAUGUUGAGGGAUGACUUGACUGUGUGUGUUGCUGAUUUUGGCCUCUCAAAAAAAAUAUACAGUGGUGAUUAUUACCGUCAAGGACGUAUCGCAAAGAUGCCUGUAAAAUGGAUUGCUGUGGAGAGCCUCGCUGAUCGUAUCUACACUGUGAAAAGUGAUGUGUGGGCGUUUGGGAUCACAAUGUGGGAAAUUGCAACCAGAGGGAUGACGCCAUAUCCAGGGGUCCAGAACCAUGAAAUCUAUGACUAUUUACUUGAGGGCCACAGGCUGAAGCAACCAGCAGACUGUUUGGAUGAAUUGUAUGAAUUGAUGUAUCUCUGCUGGAGAGCUGAUCCAGCUGAUCGACCAACAUUCACAGAACUGAAACUUCAGCUGGAGAAGUUUCUUCAAGAUCUGCCUCCCACAGUGAACAAAGAAGAUGUUAUUUAUAUUAACACAAGCUUACCUGAGGACAGUGACCUUCUCACACAAGAUCCAGAGAUAAGUGACAUACCCAUGGAUGUGGAGUCCAAGUAUGUACAGAUCACUCCCUCCUGGUCGGACACAACUAUGGUCACUGUGGAGGUCCAUGACAGUAAUUGUGAUAAAGAAAGGUAUAUCAUGGAGGGUGCAUCUGAAGAAUUGGCUGGUGAAUCGGAACAAGCCUGUGCUCCACUGCUACAUGACAGUAUGCCACGUAACAGAGUGCUAUGGUGUGAAAGCAAUACUCUUCUGGAUGGCAAGUCAUUGACUGAAGAACUUCUCUAUGCUGAUGACUCAGCAGAGGACUCUGUAAUUGCAGUAUAGAGGGUCAAACCAAUUUCAUACAUGUUCUUCCAAAUUAGACAUGAAGAAAGUUGCUUUGACAUGCAGAACCAGGACUGCCUUUAUUUGGAAAACUUGGAAAAUCAUUAUUUGACAUUGAAUCAGUGUAAAUAUCAUUCAGUAUUGUGUACAUAAACAGAUGAAUGUAUAGAGUUCUAUAGAUGCAACAUGGUGUAAAUAUUCAGCAUGUAAAUAUGAUUUGAACAGCUCUACUGGGAUUCUGAAUUGUGCCUUAGCCCUAGUUGGGAUUGUGUUUUAAAAGACACCCACUGAAAAACCUUUCUACCGCCCCAUCUUAUAUUAAAUAUGUUUUAUGAGAUUCUGAUGGCCUGUUCUUAGGAUAAGCCGUGAACAUGUGAUCUUUGGGGAUCAUGUUCUGGACCCCAACAGUAGCCAGAAUUAAAGGGGUUGUCUCACCUCAGCAAAUGGCAUUUAUCAUGUAGAGAAAGUUAAUACAAGGCACUAAUGUAUUGUGAUUGUCCAUAUUGUCUCCUUUGCUGGCUGGAUUCAUAUUUCCAUCACAUUAUACACGGCUCGUUUCCAGAGGUUAAGGUCACUGCUGCAGUGCAGAUACAAGGUUGGAUGCAAUGAGAGCUGCUGUGCACUUGUGCCUAUAUGCAGCCCCACAGUCCUGGCCACCAGAGGCCGGCGUGUUUUCCUAUAGUGUGCAAGCCCUGGAUAUGAGCAGUGUAUAAUGGGAUGGAAAAAUGAAUCCAGCCAGCAAAGGAGGCAAUAUGGGCAAUAACAAUACAUUAGUAAGUGUCUUGUAUUAACUUUAUCUACAUGAUAAAGGCCAGUUGAUGAAGUGAGACAACUCCUUAAGGUGCUCAAAGCAGGACUUUCACUGCAGUACUUACGGUACAUGCACAUCCAUGCCGUUUUGUCUUGUUCUGAAGUUUAGUGCGGUUAACUUGAAUGAGCUGUACCAGAGACAGACUCACGCAGAUGGAUGGUAAUUAGUGUUAAGCGAUGCUUCAUCCAAAGUCACUUCAUUCAAAAUUUUGGAAUAAUACUGUACGGAGAUCCGUCUCUGUACAAUAUUAGAAUGUAUGGGCUCUGAUGAGCCGAAGUACGUUAUUCGCGAAGUCGUGUGUGACUUCGUUGAAUAACUUUGGUAGUUGAUUUUUUAAGUGGAAAACCACUUGAAACCGAACUCAGCUUCGGGUCCGAGGUACUAGUCGUAAACGAAGCAGAGUUCGGCUUCAAGUUUUAAAGUGGUUUACCACUUUACAAAUCAACUCCCUAAGUUAGUCAACAAAGUAACGCGCAAAUAACUUCAGCUCAUAGGAGCCUAUACAUUCUAAUACAGUAUUAUUCUGAAGUCUUGAUCGAAGCGACUUUGGAUUUAGCAUCCGACGCUCGCUUCGCUCAACACUAAUGGUAAUGUAUCAGAUCCUGCAUUGAAGAGCCAGUCUCCUGCUGACCAAAGGUUAUCCUGGAGGUUGAUCCUGCACAGAUCACACUUUGAGUGUCUAUCCUAAGGACAGGCCAUUAAUAUAAAAUCUCAGUAUGGCCUCAUGCACACGACCGUUUUGUGGUUCGCAAAUUGCGGAUCCGCAAAACACGGAUGGCGUCCAUUCCACAAUUUGCGGAACG